CAGCACUUUUUUGCUACACGCCGCGGCCCCGUGAUUUUCUUGCGCCUUCGUCUUGCAUGAGUGUGUGCACGUACGUGCACUUGAAGGUGUGGUUCUUAGACCAUCCAAUCAACCGUGCUAUAGCAUAUCACCUGACUAAAAUUUCCGUGUCGCAUGCAGCACAGUGCUAUACACACAGGUUCUGUCUGCUUCGGUCUCAUUUCCGGCUGGGUAAAACUGUGAGUGUGAGCCCGUUAGAUUGAAUGGAUAAAGGCAAAAAGACUGAAAAAUACCUCAAUAACUAUGGCCUACAUGAGAAUGAGGAAAGUUGUGCAGGACGCAAUCAUCAUUGUUAUGCUUGUACAUAUAUGCAUUCCUCUGUCUGCAUGCAGCCCACAUCAUGCAUGUCCACCUGCCUCCGCCAACAUUACUCAAGAUGUAUUUCGCCUUGCUAAUAAGAGUGCCAAUGCACAGCUUGGUCUUUGGCACCGACUGCCCUGCCAAUCUUAUCGACCAGAGGAACAUCCCUUCGGUAUUGUGUGGUACAGAGGACGUAGCAUCGAUGACCCGGCAAGACAGACACUGAUUACCUACCAAGAUAACGAUACUUACCGGGAAAGCGACAGAUAUGUAUUUUCAUCUAAUUUUGGCCUUAUUAUCAAAGGCAUUGACAGAAGAGAUGAAGGCAGCUUUCUUUGUGAAGUCGUCUUUAAAAAUGCUGAUAGCAGAGUAGAGGAAAUCAACUUACAAGUCAUAGAUGACUACUUUCCACCAAGAAUCGGUGACGGGUCACUGCCUGCCAAUCUCCAGCGAGGACACAGACACAAGGUGUCAUGUCGUGCACCUCAGACCCCGGAGGCACCAGUAGACGUGGUGUAUUGGUCAGUUGGAGAAGGCAUCACUACAGACACAGAAAUCAUUGCCGCAAGAUUCAUCAAGCAUGGCGGUACCAACCUGUUUUUCAACUACGGUGCUGAUUUCAGUGUCAACAGCGACGCUUCACUUACUGUCAACUCGCUGGAAAGUUUCCAGGAGAACAGGGUGACGUUAUGGUGUCACGUAUUCCAGUCGAAUGGCACGCUCAGCAGCUCUUCCACCGAGGUUUAUAUCUCAGAAGAUAAAAAUUCCAGCACUGCUUUCAGGAAUUCAACAACCUCGACCUUCUAUCUGAAGAGGGGAUCGACGCAAGUCCUUCCUUGCACCAGUUGGACACCUGGUGAUGCAAUGUGUAACGUCCAGUGGUUUCAUGAGUCAAGUGAACAACCUGUUGUUAGUUACAAUGUUUCGGCCAAUAUCCUCGAAGUGGAUUCCGUGUAUGACUUUGCUGGUAGUUUUGGCCUGGUGAUCUCAUCGGCCAACAGUAGCCAUGCUGGACAGUACAACUGCACCCUGGCUUCUACUGAUUCAGGAACUAAGAUUGGAGUCAUCAAUGUGUUUGUUGAAUGCCCCAACCCGGGAAUACCCGAAGGAGGCACCCGACGAGGACCCUCUAGCUUCAUGCCAGGUGCUGAAGUGUCUUUUGACUGUCAUGAUGGCUACGAAAGAGAAGGUUCCAUCUUCAGUGUCUGCCAAGAAAAUGGUGAAUGGUCCUUUCCGGCGCCCAAAUGCAUCCAAAUGAAUGAAGGAGAUGAUGGCUCCUCCUUAACGUGGCUCGGCAUACUUGGAGGGUGCCUCGUAUUCAUCAUACUUUUCCUUGGUGCGCUGUGGUACAUGUACUCACGCAGAAAAGGGUGCUUCAAAAGAAGUCAACAAGAUUUUAAUGAUGGCCGCACCACUGAAAUAGGUUCAUCAAUCAUGUCUGAAGAGGCCCUGCUGGAGAAGACCCCACCCCACAUUCCAGAGAUACAUCCUCUAGAGUUACACGUUUAUGUAAACACUGAAGGUGUGCUGGUGAGAUACACAUUAAAGUCUGAAAGUGAAAUAUUUGAGGAUGAUAAUUUGAACCUCAGUUGUAGGCAUGUUGUCAUUUCAGGUAAAUCUGGCAGUGGUAAAAGUAUGUUAUUGUCAAAACUAUUUACAGACCAUAUGGAGAGAAAAUCUGGGCUAUUUCAUCAUGUUCCUCAAAAUACUGUAGUUCAAGUUGAUCACACCAACUUACACAAUGUGCUUGUAAAACUCACUGGUAUCAAGAGAAGUAUUUGUUAUCGCCUGCACCUAUGCAAUGUAUUGAUCCUUAUUGACGACUGUAAUGAUGAAAGGGACAUGAAAUAUGUCAUGGAAGGUAUUAAAAACAAAGGUCUCCUUGAUUGUCAUGUAGUUAUGACUACUACAAAUUUCACUGCAGCAAGAACUAUGAGCACAGAAUAUAAAUUGCGUCAUGUGGCAAUAGCUGAUCUCCAUUCUGAUACUCAUGGAUUUGCAGAAAAGUUUGUGCGUAGAUUAAAAACGAUUUCAAAAGAAACAACUCUCUUAGAAUUCUUGAAUACACAUGUUUUAUUCCCAAGUAUAGUUCGUUGUGCAGGCUUUUUGAAUUUUCUUUGUUUGUUACACUUCAACACUGAUUGUGUGAGACCUCAUUCCACUGUUGGAAGUCUUAUCGAAACCAAACUAAACGACAUGUUUAGAAAACUUGAAGGUGACGUCUUGGCUUAUGAUAAUAGAGACAUGCGCACUUCUUACCAGGGACGUUUUUUGACCAGUUGUGGCAAAGUGUGUCUAUCCAGGAUGAUUAACGGCUCGGAAAAUCCAGCAGAGGUUCCCAAAAAGGAUCUUGUUGAUUCAUUCGAAAACGGAGAUGUUGUAGCCAAGGGAUUUAAAAUGGGGCUUUUCAGAGAGUUCAAACGACAGGCUUUACAGGGUGAAGAUUUUCGUUUGCUAUCAAGCACUGAUAUGUGUUCGGUCAAAUUCUGUCAGGAAAUCAUUGCAGAAUUUUGUGCCGGCAAGUACUUGGCUCAAUCUGCCCAAGAAUGGAUCGGGAUAAUUGAUGUCAACACUGAGAUGCUGGCACAUGUGUUGGUCUUUGCUGGGUCAGACAAUUACAAUGCUGCUUGUACAAUUGUCAGUCGUUUGAUUGAAAUUAUCAGUCAACAAAGACAAAGUCCUUGUAGUCUUAAGGAUGAGAUUCAGUUGGAAAAAUGGAUUGAGAUAUGCCUUGAAAUAAACUGCGAGGGAAGAUAUGAAGGGCAGUUAAACAAAAAAUUGAAUGAGCUCUUUCCAGCUGGACAGCUGCGUUUCAUUGGUGUUUCCAGCCACAGGGCCAGACUGUUAGCGUACUUGUUGAAGUAUCACUCAAAAAACAAGUAUAGACUUAAUCUGAAGUCUGUUCAGUUGUUCCGUGUAGAGAAACUGCCUUGGAAAGAGCUGGAAGACUAUUUGAAGUAUUCUUAUCCUGACGCCUUGGGAAACCUGAGGAGUGGAAAUGAAGCCUCCAACUCAGAAGAGACAGCAGUUUCAGUGCGUAAACAACUUGAGUCACGAGAGAGGUACAUGCCCGAGUUCCCUUCUUACCUGUCGGACAGAAAUGUCGUCCAUACCAUCCACUCCUUGGGAUUACAAGAGAUCGGGGAGUUGCAAUAUGAUGAAUGUCAUUCCUCAUCAGCAACUGCAGAUCUGGCUCAAAAUCUCCAUCGAUUGGAAGAUCUUGAAUCGAUUGUUCUUCUGGGACCGGUUAUUGGUUCCCAGCGGAUUCGAGACCUUGCCCACGAUAUUAAUAAGCUCAAGUGUUUGAAGAAGAUGGACCUCCGUCUCAAUACUGAAAUGGACGACAGAGCUUUUGGAAAAAUAGUGACAGAGCUUUUUGCUUGUGAAGACCUUGAUGACCUGAGAAUUUCUCUACGCAAAGUCACUGACAAAGGAUUUUCCGAAGUGACGCGGAAGAUUUUGGAAGUUGAGGCGCUGUUAAGACGGUUAAAGACACUGCAUCUUCUGCAUGUUGGCGCCGUUGAGCCUUUCUGCAAUUUCUUCCGAGGAAUUCUGCAAUACAUGGACAAUCUUCAGUUUCUCCGUGUAUCUUGCUUGGCCGAAGAUAAGGCAUCAAGUAUACUAAAAACGCUUGAUGGAUGGAGACGAAUUCCGAAUCUUAGAGAGCUUUACGUCAACGAAAAGGAUGUAUUAACGUCCAAAAUGGUUGAGCAGCGUGCAGGAGGUGUAACAGGUGCUCCAUCCACGUCAGGGCUUGGCCUUGAGGAAGGCGGAUCAGGAGAUGCAGUGUUACAAAUGGAAUCAACGGUGUAAAUUUCGUGAUUCCAACUCAAGGGUUCCUUUGUUCUGCAUGUUGAGCAUAGCUGGACUUCCAUUUGCACUUCCGUAACAGAACAGAAUGCCAAACAAGGCCCACAUAAGUGUAACGUCCAGAAGAUGCCGAGACCCCCUGUGUACGUGUGCAUGUACAUGUUCAUGUACCUUGGGCCUUGACUCAUUCCAGUCAAAUACCAGCUUCAGAGAAAGCUUGGACAUUCAUCUUGAAACAAAAUGGUGUAGACCACUUUGUUUGGAGUAGACCUAAAUGCUAAGACCAAGUUUGCGAGUAAGUCCAGGAAAAUUGGAUGUGUGGCUGUUUGUGUGAACGGGGGAGGGUGUCUCAGUUUUUCAAUGUACUUCUUUUGGUUACACUUAGUGAUGUGUCACUUUGUGAUGGCUGCUGCCGAUGCUGCAUGUUUGUAUCACGUGUACAUGUGUUUCGUCCUUCAUUUUGUUAUUUAGUGUCACUGAGGCAGUUUGGACAAAGCAAAGGUUUUCUCAUACCCUUUUCUGCUCAGCGUACACUUGUUUAGAAUUAUUUGGUAAAUAUAACUUUUGGUGAGGAAAUAGUGGUAGGAACAUAACCUUCGAAUACAGAGAAAAAGAUGAUCGAUGACUCGCGAUGUCGUGUUGCCGGUAGCGACGUAACCUUCUAUGGCUUGAUUUUUUUUGCCAUUGUAUAUUCAGUGAAAUAUCAACUAUCGUAAAUAUUUAGCGGUAUGGCAGUUGGAAAGUCCUUAAUUACACUGCUUUGAUAGUCAAGAAUGAAGAUAUGACAGGUCUUUAUGCUUCAUUGAAGUAAUUUUGUUGAGGUAUUUUCCUUAAUGUGGUGUUUGCUCUGUUUGGUCCCGCUUGAAGUGGGUCAAAUGUUUGUCGGAUUAUGAGGUUUGUUUCCCGAAGGGAAUAUAAGGAAAUGUGUAGCAGUUUCUCUACUCUUUUUAUACAUGUACGUCGUAAACUAUCAUUUUUGGUGGUCAUCAUAUGCGACAAGUUGACAACUUCGGAGCGUCAGUGUCAUCUUUAAAUCGUGACAAGAUGGAUAAAAAGUCGUCCAUUGGGUUUGCCCUUCAACUCAGAACUCGAAGUACAUAUUCGGCAGUUUUUCUAGUAAAAACUGCCCACCACCUGUGGCACGCAUGCUAGAUUCACUCGGCCAAUACUUAUUCAUGUUAUCAAACUAUGUUGACAAAAGACUUCAAAAGUAUCAUUUUGAAAAUAACAGUGUAGUACACUGAUUUCAGGUUUGCAAGAUUUGUUGAUGCCUAGCUACAUCUGCGCUCGGCACCUGUGUACCUGCACUUACCCGAGGCUGCUUUUACGAUGUGAUUAUCCUUCUGUUGCAGUUCCUGUUUCAUGCGAAAGGUCCUCUCGUUGGUACACAAGUGCGAUUUACUGCACCGAGUUAUAUACUGCAUAUGUAAAUGUACUUCUGCUAUCUAAGGCACUUUUCGGAGUUUCAUAUGGAAACAUGCUCCUGGGUAAUACCGGUAGUCAUGUGCCUCAUGUCUGUGCCUCAUCCCACUCUUGAACAGUUAGGUCUGAAAACCGUGGUUUUGUUUUGAUGCUAGGCUGCAGGUUUUUUGGCUCCAUGAGUUAGCCCCCGUCAGACGAGACCAUCCUUCUUGUAUCAGCUUCAUAUCAGCUCCAUUUUCGGCUACGCCUGCCUCAACUUUAUACCUUGUGUGAUGCAAGAGUUCAGUUUUUUUCUAGUAGUAGACGUACAUUGCACCUUAGGAAGACAUUUUAAUAGCUCAAAAUGAAAUGAAAGUAAAGGAGAAGUUGGACGUAAGCUUCUGUUCUAUGUCUGUGCCGACGCGCACAGUCACCGUCUCUGGCUGUUAUAUACUUGUACAAAACACCGAGAUUCAAAAUUUCAAAUGAGUUCUAACCAUUUUUACAUUUAGAUUGUGUCCAGCUUAGCUCAAAAUUGAGGACUUUAGGGGAAUCUCUUGUGUCCUUGUUUUGUGGAUUCCAUUCUGGUAUUGUUAUGGAUCAAAUGAGUAUUGGUACUUGCGGCAGAGUACCAAUGAUAUUGUGUUUUAAUACCCCGCGAUGUCUGGUACUAUAAUUUGCUGAAUUUGAUUCUUACAGAUGACUAGUGAUGUCGCUUUGUAUUAGCCAAUGAGUGUCCUUGUGGAUUAUCAGAUGAGAUAGUGUACUCCAUUCCAGGUCCGCAUGAAUGUUCGUGAUACAUGAACAUGAUUCCCCAGUGUAAUUACCGGCAAUGAAUCUUGCAGCUCUAUUGUGAACUCUGUCCAGCUUGGGCUUACCAGAUUUGUCAUGGGGAUCCAAUAUGGCUAAGCAAGUUCCAGUUUGAUGAGUGAGUUGUAGGCAGUACAUAGAUAUGGUACCAUUGUUAAGAUUCGUGACACUUCAGUAAUAGUUUUCACAAGAUUUGCUAGGUUUACUAUGAAGUGCUGCUUGCAUAUUGUGUGGAAUGUUGCACGAGUGCAUUUGUUCCCCAGUAAUUUCAAACUCGCUCAGAACGUGCAUGCUCUUCGGCUUGUCUGUAUUAACUCACAAACUGCUUCAUGAUUGCUAGACCUAAUGUUCCAUGGUAUAAUAACUCACUUACAAAAUCAAAGCUGAAAAAGGCGAGAAAAUGGAAAGCGUCACGUUCUGAUUUAGAUUUUAGGAAUUUUAAGUCGAAGAACCAUCAUACUUACCUGGCGAACAAGGCUCAAGGACUGUUUUAGAGUAAUUUAAUUAAUGAAAAUUCAGGUGACCCGGAGUAAAUUAUUAAAGGUUGCUAAAUUAAUGUUUGGUGAUCACCAGGAGGUUCCUCUUCCAACUCAUUUGAAUCCUUUCAGCUUGGAUGUAUCAUUUGGUGAAUUAUUUUGGGGAAAAGUAGAUAAGAAUGAAGCUUGAUGGAAUGUCUAUAGACCCACCAGCUGGUGUAGGAUAUGAUGCUCGUCACAGUCUUCAAGUGCCACUUUUUACAAAGUUUACUGAACUUUCAUUUAAUGAUCUUAGAUUAAUAACAGAAAGGCUAUCUAUUAAAUCUUGCCCUCUUGAUUCCAUACCGACCAAACUUGCUAAGAGAGGCAUGCAUAUUCUGAUUACUGGAAAGAAGCCUUAAUCUUGCCAGUUUUGAAGAAAACAAAUCUUGAUUUGGUUUUUAAUAAUGACAAACCGGUUAGCAAUUUGUCAUUCAUAAUCUAAACUUGUUGAGACGGCUGCAGUUGAUCAUAUUCAGGAUCAUAUGAAAAAAAAACUCAAGCACUUGCUGUUCAAAAUGAUAUUCUUUUAAAUAUUAGUAAACAACAUUUAACAUUAUUAGUCCUUUUGAUUUACCGUAAGUGCAGCGUUUGACACUGGAUCAGGAUAUACUUUUAAGGCGUUUAAAUUCUUGCCUUGCCUAAAAUUACACCUCUUCAGAACAAGAUUUGUGAUAGGGAGUUUCAGUUGCUGGUCCUACACUAUGGAAUUCACAACAAACUUUACAUGACUUUAAAGAUAGACUGAAGACCUACCUUUUUCACAAAGCUUUUGGUCCUUUUAUUUAUCUCCCACUGGUAACAUAAGCACUCGUACUUACUUUGCUUUUCCUAUUUAGCUAAUUAUUGUAAUUGAAUGUAAUUGUGUAUGUAAUGUAAUUUAAUAUAAUUGAACAUGCGUAUUUACGUUGAUCGUUAUGGUUUUGGGAAUUCAUUUGAAUAAUUUUAUGUGGUUUAUAUGUCUAAUUUUGAUGUAUAUUUUAGGUGUAAUUGCGAUACUUUUAAUGUUUUUAAUUGUAAGGCGCAUUUGAUCAUACUUUAUUGGGAAAUGCGCGGCAUAAACGUUAAAUAUUAUUAUUACGUGUACUUGUAUGACUAUUCAUGAAGCCAAAUAUAACGUGUACUUGCCUGGUAGCCUGCAACAGGCAAGCCUGUGUUCUUUUUGCCUGCAGGUGUUAUUAGACAAGCAACACAAUAUGUUGUUCUAAAUUUACAGUGCCUUGUGAACAAUUUACAUGUAGUCGAAAAAUCGUUCUGCUUAAUAUGUAAUAGACACUAUUUAAAAAAAUGAUUCAUUAUGUUUGUGUACAUGAUGAAAAAAUAUUAACACUUCCAAUAGCCCUCUUUUAUACUUUGCAUUUCUCUUUUGUAAUUUAAUAGUUUAUUUUUUCCAACUCGGAAGCUUGAAACCAAAAUGAGACUCGAUUUUUGCAAUUUUAAAUUGGGUCUUAUAAGGAAGUCUUUUUCGUUGCAAAAUGUACUUAUGAACUUUUAGACGUCUAAUUAUGAGAAUACAUUUACUUGUAUAUCUUGUGUUUUCUGGUUGGGGUCUUACAGUUUUAGAAAAAGUGUAGUAUGGCAGGAUGUGAUGGCCAUGCUCGUAUUUUGUUUUCGUUUCUUUGAAAUUAAUUUUGCUGCAUUUCUCACUGAAACAAACUGAAAUUGUUUCACCUCGUCCUAUUAAUUUGUUGGUGCCUCACGACUGAAUUGUACAGUGAGCACGUGGAAAAUAUUCACCCGUAAAGAAUGGAUAUUGUAAUGUAAAUUCGGCCUUCCAAAUGAUUUGGAAUGACAGGAUUUACCUCGUCGUCCUGGCAAAAUAAAGCCUCACGGGACAUCUUGCCACGAUGGCCUGGUAGCUCAACAUGAUGAAUUUAGUCUUGUCAUUUAAUUAAAACAAACUUGUAAUCUUGUACAUGUACAUGCAUAAUUUGACGUAAGCUUAGAGAGGUUUGCCGGAACUCCAAGUUGGUACAACGUAUUUUGUAGUUGUUGAAGAACAUGUGGGCUUGAUGAGAGUGGGGGGGGGUACUGACGCGCGGUCAUUGUUUUACAGACCUUAAUUUUUCUGAACGUAUAGAUAUCUGUGUUUCUUACAAAGCUCACUUUUCCUUAGGGUUUCAGUGGACAAAAAAGUGUGUAUAAUGUAGCUAGUACAAUACACGUGCCAUUAAAUUGGCUUUAGUACAAUUCGAAAACCAGAAUUAGUAGCCAUUACUGCAGUGCCAUAAUGCUGGUAGACAUGUGGUACAUGUCCGUGCGCGUUAAAUGCCUCUUUCACCAAUAGGGUGUCGUGAUUUGCCAAAUGUAUGCGCGCGUCAAGCCUCAGAUUUUGCGUGUGGGUGCGGUGCCACCAUAGUGCGUCCAAUCAGAUUGGUCUACAUGAAUAUUGUAACGAAUAUUUUUCGGAGCAAGGAAUAUCUGAUGGUCGGUCUUUAUUAGGAAUAGAUGUAAAUUCAUGUAUGCUUUCAUUCUUUAUUUUUAAAUAAAUUUAUGAAAAUAUUCAUUUUAGUGCAGUGUAGAUUCGUAUUCGUAUUGCAUGUAAUUUCAAGCGAGAGCUGUACUUGUGACCAAAGUGGUUGCAAGGCGAGCGCGGGAAAUUGAACAAGGUUCAUUUGUAUACAUAUAUCUGAACAAUGACUUUGACAUAGUUUGUUCAUCGGCACAUAAAAUGUGCCUUUGCUGUUUAUUUGUUAAGUUCAAAUAUAUUCAAAUAGUUAUUUCUUUUCUGAAGUAUAUACAUGUAGUUUCGCGUGGGCGUUCAAUGCGAAUACGUUCCUUGUUUGGACACAGGUCACGUUUGCAUGCUGCCUGUUUCCAACUGUUCGUUAUAUUUUUGGUGACCAAAGUGUGUGCAAGGCUAGGGAGCAUGGGAAUCGAACAAGGUACUUGUAGAUAUGCAUUUUCACAUAAACGAUUGAUGAACAAAGGUUUUCAUAGUGUGUGUAAAUCAGUACGUGAGGUAUGCCGUAAAAAGUCACAUUAACACCCCUGAAGUGUCUGUUUGAUUUGCUGCAACACUUGUGAAAGGGACUCUGGACUCAUUUACUACAAACGCCUGCCUAAUUUCUCUUUGGAGCACCAACAGAAAGCACUUUCAUAUCGUGAUCUCAAACGUUCUGUUGUACGUGCUCAGUGUUUUUCUGCAGGAUUGGUGGUGUUCCUUUCUAACACACCAUUACAUUGAAAAGUAAGUUAAAAUAUUUGCCACCUUUUGGAAAUGUGUUGUUUUCCUACUUUGCGUAAACCAUGCUUCACGUUCCUGCCUUUUCGGAACAGGUAGUUAAACUGACUUUUUACCAACAAAAUCUAACUUCUCUUUUUAAGAACUGUGUGCAUCCUGUGCAUAUACCUUAUGUUUGCCCUUGUACAUAUGUACAAGUAGGUGCAUGAGUGACAUGAAUUAGAUAUAUACAUCGAGGCUGCAUUGGUUUCCUGACAACAUGCAGACCCACCAUAGCGGGAACGUCGACUACACACAGUUAUUUGAUACUGUUGAUAAAUGUAAAGGUUGACCGUAAUAACUGCCUUAAGUAUUUCGACAAAAGUGUACUUAUGUACAGUACCUUAUUUAUAUUCAUGUACAUGGUAACCAAAGAAGCAUAUUCAGAACAACUCAUUUUCAUGUGAUGAUUUUAAAGAUUUAAUCAACGAUUUGUGUAUAUUUUAGUGACGUGUAAUGCAGUCUUUUAAAGCUGAUUUUUGUACAUAAUUUUGUCGUCUCCAGUUAAGGAACCAGGAAAUAGAAAUAUUUUUAUAAAUUUUACUAAAAA